AUGACUUUAACAGUGAACAAAGCUAAAGUGGGCGUGUCUACAGUGAUUGGCUCCUCAGGAGCUGCUCUGAUGAUCAAGUGUAAAUAUCCUCAACACAAAACCAAGACAAAAUACAUCUGUAAAGAAUCAUCAGCUGGAUGUUCAGGAGAUCAGGAGGAAUGGAUGAAGAAUGGAGAUGUUUCUGUAGAUGACGACACCAGAGCAGGAGUCUUGAUGGUGUUUUUUAGAGAGCUGAAAGCUGCAGAUGCAGGAACAUACAGGUGUGGAGUGAAGGACUCUGAAUAUACUGAGAGAUUCACUCAACUUCAGCUCAACAUCACACAUGAUGCAAAAUAUCCAAAAGUCAUGACUGAAUCUGUUCAUCUUGGUGGAGAAGUGAACAUCAGCUGUCAAAUGCCAAAAAAACUGAAAGUAUAUUUCGGCAAAGAGGAGGAUCAUAAGAGCUGCCAGACAACAAGAGCAUCUGAAGAGCCCCAAAAGAGUCCUUGGGCAUCAGUAAUGUGA